CGCCUCCUCCUUCCUUCUUCCUCCGGCUCUCCUUCGCGCUCCUUCCCCGGAUCCUCAGCGCCAUCAUGGGCUUCGGUGACCUGAAAGCAGCCUCCGGACUCAAGGUCCUCAACGACUUCCUGUCGGACCGCAGCUACAUCGAAGGCUUCGUCCCGUCCCAGGCGGACGUGGCGGUCUUUGAGGUCCUGUCGGCUCCGCCCCCAGCAGACCUGUGCCACGCCCUGCGCUGGUACAACCACAUCAGGUCCUACCAGAGCCAGAAGGGCAGCCUCCCAGGUGUGAAGAAAGCGCUGGGCCAGUACGGCCCCGCCGGAGUGGCCGACACCACCUCAGGCUCCGCCCCCGCCGCCAGCAAAGACGACGACGAUGACGACGACGACAUCGACCUCUUUGGUUCUGAUGAGGAGGAAGACGCCGAGGCCGCCAAGCUGAAGGAGCAGCGCCUGGCCGAGUACGCAGCCAAGAAGGCCAAGAAGCCCGCCCUCAUCGCCAAGUCUUCGCUCCUAUUGGACGUGAAGCCGUGGGACGACGAGACGGACAUGGCCAAGCUGGAGGAGUGCGUCCGCAGCAUCGAGCUGGACGGGCUGGUCUGGGGACAGUCCAAACUGGUCCCUGUGGGUUACGGCAUCAAGAAGCUUCAGAUCAGCUGCGUGGUGGAAGACGACAAGGUGGGCACAGACAUCCUGGAGGAGAAGAUCACAGCCUUCGAGGACCACGUCCAGUCCAUGGAUGUGGCAGCUUUCAACAAGAUCUGACUUCUGAUGUUUAAUAAAGAGCACUUGUUACCAAACUGA